CAGAAACCAGACCAAACCAAACGUAGACACAUACUAAAUCUGUUGACUUGGUGCUGUUAAGGAAACGACAAAGCAGAAAAUCCCAAAAACAAACCAGACAAACAUGGCUUGAAACAGGCAAACAAGUGUUUAAUUUUCAAAGCCACGGAUUUUUGAAACCAGGACACCAGCCCCAUGUUUCCUCUUCAUAACUCUUCUUUCAAUCUUAUGAUUCCCCAAUUAUAGAAAAAAAAAAAAAAAAUUAAAAUAAACAGCCUUCUCUGUAACAGCGUCUUCAACAUGACUACCUCAAAGAGGCUUGCAGAGAGGAAGAUCAUCAAGUUCCAGAAGAACAUAACGAAGAGGGGAUCUGUUCCUGAAGCCUCAGUGAAGAAAGGAAAAGACUACCCAGUUGGCCCAAUUCUGCUUGGCUUCUUCGUCUUUGUUGUUGUAGGAUCAUCUUUGUUUCAGAUAAUCAGGACAGCUCUCCAUGGUGGCAUGGCCUGAGGAAUUCAAGGAACAACUCUUUUGAUAAUGUUAUAAGCUACCUAAGCAGUAACUAUGUUGAAGAGUAUGUUAGAAAACUGUCGACUUGAUCCAUAAAUA